AUGACAACGAGCUCAGCAACGCCGCAGACCAAUGGCGGCACAAACGGUCACUCGGUACACCCCCAAAACGGCAACUCAGCUGCCGGUGGAAAAUCCGAUGUUUGCGUUGUCGGAGCCGGCCCCGCCGGCCUGAUGCUCGGUUCUUUGCUGGCGAGAUUCGGCCAAAAGGUGGAGCUCAUUGAUGAGAGACCCGACCAGACAACAGUCGGUCGUGCCGAUGGCAUCCAACCAAAGUCUAUUGAGACCUUCCAGAUGCUCCGUCUAGGCGACGGGCUCCUUCGUGAUGGAGUCAAAGUGCACGACAUCUGCAUGUGGCAAAGUUCCAGCGAUGCCGACCUUCACCGCAUCAGCCGUUCCAUUCACUACCCUGCAUCAGUCGUCGACCUUCUCCAGCCGUACAUUUUGCUGUGCCAUCAGGGCAUGAUCGAGUCCGUCUUCAUCGAUGACUUCCGGAAGAGCGGCUUCGAGGUGAAGCGUAGCCACAGCUUUCAGACUUACACGACGCUGGAAGAUGGCUCUCUGCAGAUUGAGGCCGACCACCACGAACAUGGACCAACGAAAAUUCUUACUGAUUAUGUCGUGGGUUGCGACGGCGCCCGCUCUCGUGUUCGUCAGUCCAUUCCCGACACCUACGCACAAGGAACGCCACACACAUCCGUCUGGGGUGUUCUUGAUGGUGAGCUGGAGACCGACUUCCCCGAUAUCUGGAGCAAGACCGUCGUCUUCUCGGAACAGCACGGGUCCAUCCUCAUCAUCCCCCGUGAGCGUAACAUGACGCGCUUCUACAUCGAGAUGAAGGCUUCCACAACAUCAAAGAACCUCGGCGAAGAAUAUGUCAUGGAGCAGGCCAAGUUGAUUCUGGCCCCGUACAGCGUGAACUGGCGCUCAGUCGAAUGGUUCGGCAACUACCAAGUUGCGCAACGUGUCGCCGCCCGCUUCACCGACCCCUCCCAAAGAGCCUUCAUUGCCGGAGAUGCCAGUCACACGCACAGCCCUAAGGCAGCCCAAGGAAUGAACACAAGUAUCCACGACUCCUGGAACCUGGGCUGGAAGCUCAACCUCACCCUACGCGGUGUGGCCAAGGACGGCAUCUUGCUGGGCUCGUACGAAGAGGAACGGAAGAAGAUCGCCCACGAUCUGAUCAACUUUGAUUUCGAGCAUGCCAACGAGAUCGCUCGGGGCGAUGCGAAGCGUCUUGCCGAGAAUUUUAAGACGAAUACUCGUUUCAUUUCUGGCGUCGGCGUUGAGUAUGGUGAGAAUCAGCUCAACCGCUCAACCGCUGUUCAAGGCGCUGCGAAGCCCGGUUGCACCUUGCCGCCGGCGAAGGCCACUCGCUACAUCGAUGCCUGCCCUAUUGAUGUUCAACUGGAUAUUCCCAUUCUCGGACAGUUCCGUAUCUACGCUGUUCUAGACAAGGUUGCCAGCGCGCCAGCCAGGUCGUUCCUCACUAGCUUCAACGACUCUGUAGCGUCGGAAUCUUCCCUGUUCACACAAUUAUCAAAGGCCGCCGCUCAAUCAUACAAGGAGAAGCCCAGGGCGAGGAGAGUUGACGAUCAGCAUGUGCGCCCUGAACGGUACACAUCCGUCAGCGAGCUGAGCUCCUUCGCUCUGAUCACUUCUGCGGAAAAGAACGAUUUUGAGAUCUCGUCCUUGCCGCCGGUCUUUUCAAGGAGUGGCUGGACCGUCUACCUCGACGACGUCGCGCCGCUCGACACGCAAGGCCGCUCAUGCACCGACAAGUGGCUUGGGGGGCUCGCAGCAGACGAAGCUGCCAUCAUUAUUGUCAGGCCCGAUGGCUACGUCGGUUCAAUUGGCCGAUGGGACACGACGGAAUCCACCAGUGGACAGUCCGCCGCCCAAUGGCUCGACAACUAUUUUGGAGGAUUUCUGCAAGUCCCCGCAGCUAACUAA